AAACAGGAGAAGAAGCCCUCUCUGCUGGAAGAGCUGUUCCCAGAAGAAGCCCAGGCCAAACCUCAAUCCUCGACCAAAACCAAGGAACGCGAUAUUCCGCGACUAGAUGUUCAAGCCUCCCUAGCCCAAUCUACCACUCGGAGACCAGUGCCAAAGGAAGGUGACGUUGUUAGGACAGUACAAUCGAGCGGCAAGAACCGGGGGAAUCGGACUGAGCCCGGUGCAUCAGAGCAGAGUCCGGCACAAGACAUGCCAAAGUCUCGACGAGUCGAAGGUGUACUUAUGCUCCGGAACGCAAGCACCACACUGGUCGAAGACGAUUUCACAAGACUGAUCCCCCAAGGAUUGCAUAUCGAAGGUUGGACAUUUGACAAAGCCGAUAUCAUCAAGGUCGUGCCAGGACGCAACACAAGUACUCUGGAGCGUGAAAACUUCUACUUUAUCCUCUUCAACUCACGCUCCGCUAUGAACGCCUACCGUACACACGUUAUGAGUCUACACUCGCUUGCUUCAAGGCAUGUCCAAUCCAGUCUGACAUCGCCUAUACCUCCUCCACCAGGGCAUCAUCUUGAGGGCCAAGAUAUCGAUGCUCAAUUGCAGACCUACACCCUUGUCCCACCAUCCCGCUUCCUCCAUCUUGUGCCUUUACCCAUGCAAGUUUCGCCAUCAGUAGUCGACAUCAUACACAAUCAGGGCUAUCCGGAUAUUGUCAAAGGCCCUCUCAAGGAGCCGUACGUUGUCUUGGUACGGCUGGAAGGUCCUCAGCUACCCGCCUCCUUGAUCAGAGGCGUCUUGAUGCAGGUCGAGCGAGCACGAAGGGUACCUUGGAACCGCGAGUUUCGCGAACUGUCGUAUCGAACACGUGAGCCAAAACCAAAAAACAUCUCGCCGCUAGACAGAAGAAGCCGCUUGGACAAGCCUGAGAAAAAGAUUCAAGACAAUUCAAAGAAUGACUGGUUCAACGAACUCGAAGAAAUCUCUGAGCUGAACAACCAAUUCGAGGAGGACGAGCCGGAACACGAAUCGGAACACGAAUCGGGAGACGGGGCGGAAGACAGAUCAUCGGCUCCUCGCGAGAGACGUGAUAGAAGCAAGGCCAAAUUGUCCCAUCUCUUUGGCUUCGACACGGAGGACGCCGCUCUUAGUUUUGUACAAUACUGGCACCGAAGACGGCUCGAGAUGAUUGGCAUGAACUACGACCACGAUGACCUAGAGCCCGUGGUGGACGCUGAGCUGUUGUGGUAA